AUGCGCGCCUCAUUAGUCCUCGCCGCCUCAAGCGCCAUGUCAGCUCACGCCUUUGCCAUCCGCCGUGAUGAGGAUCCCAACUUCAGCUGGCAAGCCCCCGAUGCCGCGGCCAAGCGCGGUCCCUGCCCGAUGCUCAACUCCCUCGCCAACCACGGCUACCUCGCGCGAGACGGCAAGGAAAUCAGCAUGCAGGAACUUAUCUCGGGCCUUGGCCAGGCAAUCAACUUUGAUGAGGCCCUCGUGCGCACUCUUGGCACCCCAGCGUUCGCGACAUCGACCACGGGCAACUCCAGUACGUUCAACCUUGACGACAUCGCGAAGCACAACGUGAUCGAGCACGACGGCUCUCUCUCGCGUGCCGACUUCGCCGUGACAGGAGACGCCAAGACCUUCAACGAGACGGUCUGGGGCGAGACGCGGGGGUACCUGGAGGCCGGCGCGGUGGACUCGACGGUGGACUAUAAGACCAUGGCCUCGGCGCGGAGCAAGCGGAUCGCGACCGCCCAGGCCACCAACCCGACGUUCAACCUGACCUCGAGCCAGGUCACCGUGUCCCUGGGCGAGUCCGCCGUGAUCCUGGGGACGCUGGGAGGAAGCUUCACCGAGCCUGCCGCGCCGCUGGAGUGGAUGAGGGUCGUGUUCGAGGAGGAGCGCCUACCGUUCAACGAGGGCUUCAACACCUCGUCGGCGCUGAUUACCACGGCGGAGGUGCUCGGCCUGUCGCAGCUCAUCGCGACCAGCGCCAGCUAG